CGAAAGAGACCCUUUCCCCUCGUGUCGAGGUUGGUCGGUGGGCACGAUCGCGAAGCAACAAGUGUUGGCAGCUCCUCGGCCCGUCGCUCCGCCCCCAACUAGCAGUCGCUGUUGGAGCGAUCGGUGGAAAGUGCCCCGAGGCGAUUCAACCACCUCACUCGAGCGUCGAUCGCGCAAGCAACUGGAAAUCCUCGUCUCGCGCUCGUCUCUCUUUCUCUCUCUCUCUCUCUUUCUCUCUCCUCGUUUCGUUCUCUUUUUUUUUUUUUUUUUUUUUUUCCCCCCCGUUCCAUCGGACAAACGCGAGCGCGAUGUUCCAUAACCGUAACCGUUCGACAGUUUUGUGCUCCGUCGAGUGAUCACCGAGUUUUCUCCGUCGUCGUUUCCUUCUUCGUCGACCGAUCCGAGUGCGUUCGUUCCACGAGGUGUUCCCCUCGAAAUCGCCAAUUUUCGGGCGAGAAGGGAGCUUCGAUAUCGCGCAUCCGGCACAGUGAUCCUCGCGAGAAAGCAUCGUUGAAGAAAGCUUCUUUCGAGAAACGAAGGCGCCGAAAGAGAAAAACUGUCCCGGAUCUCCCGGAAGAAAAUCGAAGAAAGCCUUCGAUUCGGCAGUGGUAUUACAUCGAAAGUAUUUCGACGAGUAUUAUAGAUAGUAGUCGAACGUUAACGUCGAGAGCAGUCGUAGCCGAUAGCGGUAACGAAGGCAAGAAAGAAAGAAAUAAAGUCGAGAAGCGAUACGCAAAAGAAGAAGAAGAGGAGGAGGAGGAGGAAGAAGAAGAAGAAGAAGAAGGAGAAGAAGAAGAAGAAGAGGAGGAGAUUAAAAUUGGCUCGGUUGACGAGACUGGUACGGCGAGGAAAAAGCGAAGGAAAGAUAGGAUACGAGACGAGUUGCCGUCGGCUCGAGAUGCACGCUCGUUGCAGUUGCUCGCUUCGUAAUCGAGCGAAGAAUUAAUUAAACGUGACAAACGUGCGCGUAUUGCCCCGCGAUACCGAGGCGUCGGAGGGAACGGAUAGAACAACAGUCGACAACAAGAGAGGAGGAAAGAAAGGGAAACGCGAUCGCCGCGACGCAGCUGAAAACAGAAAGGCGAGAAACGGAAGUGACGCGCGUUAACGAUAAAAUGGUAAUUGCGAUUAAUAAUCGAGCAAGCAUCGCUUACGUUUCUCCUUCGAUGAACGAUGAACGGGUCUGGUAGCGCGCGAUAAAUCCCUUCGAGAGAAUUCGUCCCUUUCCCUAUCGAACGGUCGAACGGAAAAUCGAGAAGAUGAACGACAUUAUGGGAGAGGCGGCAUCGGGUUCGAUCUCCUCGAGCGCCACCCCUGUCAAUUCCGCCAACAGUUCCACCGCUAUCAACGGGAACAACAACAUCGAUAACAACGGGAGUAACAAUGGGAGCGGGAACAACAAUGGAAAAGCGGGGAAUAUGAGCGGCACGGUGGCGGCGAACGGAGGCGAGAGAAUCAGCGCCGCGGUUACCAAAGUUCUUCAGGGAUACGAUUGGACCUUGGUACCUGUUGCCACCAAGGGUUCCGGUGACAAAAGAGCAGCCCACGUGAAGAGACCGAUGAACGCGUUUAUGGUGUGGGCUCAGGCCGCGAGGAGAAUACUCGCCGAUCAAUAUCCUCAACUUCACAACGCGGAGCUGUCCAAGACUUUGGGCAAACUUUGGCGGUUGCUGUCGGACAACGACAAGAAACCGUUUAUCGAGGAGGCUGAUCGGCUCCGCGUGAUCCACAAACGCGAGCAUCCGGACUACAAGUAUCAACCCCGCCGCCGAAAGCAAAACGGGCCGUCGGGGAGAGAGGGGUCGCCGUCGAGGAGCCAAAGCAACGUAACGUUCAACGUGUCCAGGUCGUUGAAGCAGGAGGACGCGAGCCCGCGCCCCGUCCAGGGGCCUAACUCGCCUCAGAGCGGGGUCAGCUCGUCCCCCCCUACCACCCCUAAUCAAGGAUUGUCACCACCGACCCCUCCCACUACCCCCCGCGGACAGCAUUACGCGAAUCAGUUUUCCCGGCAGGGGAAUCAACCGCAGCCGAGCGCCACCAUGUACCAUCAUCAUCAAGAGUUGGGAAUCGGUGGCUCGACCGAGUCGUCCCAUCAACAUCAACAUCAGCCGGGAGUCGAUUUCAGGUACAUCGAGGUCGGAGACGGUUUACCGAUCGAGGAGGGCCAAUUGAACGGACUCGGAUCACUGGCAGCCGUUGGCCUCAAUCUUCCCCUGAACCUUCAAGAGUGCGAGGUGGAGAGCAACGAGUUGGACCAGUAUCUUCGCCCCCAAGUGCCUCCACCGGUGCACGUACCAGCGCCUACCACCACCUCGUCCUCGUCCCCGUGGAUAUUCAACAGAUACGACGAAGAGAUGGAGAGACCGAGCAAGCGGCACUGCUCGGAACCGCAGCCGAUAGGCGAAACUUCUUGGGAGGAUCGAGCACAGGCGGACAUAGUCAGAUAUCACGAACUUCAGCCCCCCCUUCCCCCCAUGCAAUACAUAUCCUCCUCCCACAAUUCGCACUAUUCGCACACGAGCACGCAGAUGAGCCAUCCGCACGUGUCCACGUCCUACGCGCAAUACCAACGUUACGUACCUGGUAUCGAAACAUGGCCUCAUUACAUGUAAGUGAGAAUGGGGGGAGGUGAGCCUUGAAAGAGAAAUUAAUUCCCGCACAACAACAACAACAACAACAACAACAACAACAACACAAGCGCAGCAACAACCGCGACGAAGAAACCUUGUUUGGGUGUUACUACGACUCCCCUUCCUCCCUCCCUCCAUUCGAUCCAGUUUCUUUUUCCAACAGAUUUUAUCGCUGAUUUUGUUCACAAUCGCCUCUCUGUAAGCACGCGUACGCGUUCAAGUGUGCAUAAUAUAGGUGUAUAUAUAUAUAUAUAUAUAUAUAUAUAUAUAUACGUAUAGGAGAUUGCGAACGUAUAUACGUUCAUACGUUCAUGCGCGUAUUAACAGAAGGAAAACUGGAUCGUGCGAAAUCUAUCGACCGGUUGGAAGUUUCCGCGUUUCGUUCGCGUUGGAAACGUUGCUCCGAUGGUUGGACGCGUCGAAAGAGAAGGACGCGAGAGAAGCCACGAUCUUACUCCAUGACAUCAUUCCAUGACAGUCGGCCAUUCCAAAGCGCAGAAUUUCAGGCUAAACAAACAGCACGCUCGAUACGAUACCCUGCCGCGUGAUCUAAAUAUAAUAAUAAUAUAUAAGGCUUGAAGUGUGCGUAUAUACUCGGCCUUUGCGCUCGCGAGACCGAAUACGCUGCUUGCCACGCUCUUCAAAAUAAACUCGCGAAAUUCGAUCGCGAUCGUAGUCGAGUCGCGAAAAAACGACUGCUCACCGAAUUUCGAACGACGGAUCCGCCGCUCCCUUCAUCGCCGAGCCUUUUCUCGAGGAUCGAGCCGAUUUCACGGGAAGAAUCUCAGCGGGGGAUUCGUAUCGAGCGAUAAUCGCGAGACGAGAAGCACGAGAAAUCGUCGAGAAAUAAAUAAGGUAUUAAACGCCGAUAACCGUGCUUUUGUACUUACAUUUAUCGUUUAGAUAUACAAUUUAUCGCGCAUCCUGUAACAAGCGCGAACUUGCGUAGAAACUUGUAGAAACGUUUAACGCGCGAGCGUUCGAGGAGCGUUAAUUUAUAAGUAUGACGAUAUGUUAUAA